AUGCUUCUAAUUUUCUUCAUACUCCUUAUCAAUCAUCUAUGUUAUGGUUUAGAUCUCGGAACAUGCCGAGCACCACUCGGAAUUCAAUCUGGUGCGAUACCAGAUUCAGCGUUCGCGGCAAGUUCAUCGUUAGAUGUUUCUCUCGGCCCACAUACAGCUCGUAUUCGAUCGGCGAUCGAAGGAGGCGGCUGGUGUCCGAAAUCGUUAAUAAAUAGUCAGAGUGAAGAGUAUCUUCAAGUGAAUUUUUUCAAUUUGACGGUUAUUACGUUGAUUGAAACGCAAGGACGACAUGGCCCGUUUCAAGAAGAUUACGUUGAUUAUUAUCGAUUAGAAUAUCGUCGUGAUCCAACCCACCCAUGGAUAAAAUACCGUGAUUUUCGUAAAAAAGAAACAUUCUACGGUAAUUCCAACAAUAAUAUCGCCGAAAUUCGUGAAAUCGCUCAACCAAUCAUUGCAAAACAAUUACGUAUCUAUCCAGUGCAAACUCAAGAUAAAAAAGCCAAACGCAUGUGUCUUCGAUUAGAAUUAUACGGAUGUCUAAGCACUGAUCAUCUAAUGUCCUACACGAUUCCACAAGGCGACAGACGAGCAUUUGAUAUGGACUUCAGUGAUAAGACUUACGAUAGUUAUGGUUCACCAUUAGCGUAUGGACUCGGACAAUUAGUCGAUGGAGACACUGGCUCGGAUGAUAUUCGUGUAGAUACACAAAGUUGGGGUUUACGUGGCUUUGAAUGGAUCGGUUGGAAAAAAAGUAUUCAGAAUCGAACGACGAUCCAAAUGAAAUUCAUCUUUGAUUCCAUUCGAAAUUUUACGGAAAUUCACAUUCAUACAAACAACAUGUUUAGUAAAGAUGUCGAACAAUUCCGUCGAAUUAAUCUCACCACGUCGUUGAAUGAACAUUUUCUCGAGAAUAAACAAAUUCUAAUUGAAUUAUCCGAUGAUAGACAAUCUGAACAAGCGCGAUGGAUAAAUAUUCCUUUGAAGGAACAAUUAGCAAAGAUGAUUUUGAUCGAAUUAACCUUUGGAAAUGCCAAUUGGAUGUUAAUUAGUGAAAUACAAUUUCAUUCCAAUGAAAUUCAAGAUUUGAAACUACUCGCCGAAUUGAAUGAGAAAUACUCAUCGAAAUUCAAUUCAGUGACAACGAUUACAAUUCCACUUCAGUCAAUUAUUAUUCUGGCUGUUGUUCUUUCCAUUGCAUUGAUUAUCGUCGUUCUUUGCUUUUCAGCGAUGUUUCAUAAACAUCGAAACAAACGAAAACUAAAUCGUUAUGGAGAAAAACUUAUUCUACAAGGAUGUCAUAAUGAUAAUCAAUUAAAACUUCAAAUUCCAUGUUGCAACAAUAUUGAUAAAGAUACUCAAAGUUCCAAUCGUAGUCAAAGUUCCUACAGUGCACCAAGUACAUCCGAACCUUCAACAUUCAGCGGCACACCAAAACUCUUGGCGCGAAACAAAUGCUUACCUUCCACCACAUUCCAUCAUCCGCAAUGCGUCAAACUUCUUUCGACGAAUGGAAUCGAUAGUGAUACGAACUUUUAUGCGUCAACUGAUAUUAUUAGUGUUAAUAACGCAACUAAUGACAUGUCAUCUACAUUACGUGGUGUAUGUGGAACAAGUCUAAUGAUGCGAGCACUAACAAAUACACCACAAAUGAUUGUACCACCGAGAAAAGUUGAAUUGAUUUCAAGUGAAAUCGUCCCGGCAGGAGAUUUGUAUGGUGAAGGAAGAUUUGGUCAGAUUUCUAUUGGAAAUGUUCAUUCAAAUAGUCCUGUCAUUAUUCGACGAUUAACAAAAGUUUCUACAAUGUCUCGAUCGCUAUUUAGUCAAGAAUGCCAAUUGUUAUGUUCGAUUGAUCAUCCGAACCUUGCGAAUAUUCUUUAUAAAACGUUGGAUGGUCUGGCAGUUGUAUCGGAAUAUACGGAACUAGGAGAUUUAUGUUUAUUCAUGCGACGAAUCGUCGAGAAUGACAUGAACGCUCAACUUGAUCAUCAAGCGAUGUUGUUCAUUACAUGUCAAAUCUCCAGUGCAUUGUCUUAUUUUGAAUCACGACAAUUGAUUCAUCGUGAUGUUUCGACUAGAAACUGUUUAGUAUUCAAUAAUUAUAUGAUUAAACUUACUGAUGUUGCUAUGGCUUCACCUAUUUAUUCACAUUAUUACACCACAGAUGCACAUUUACCUGUUCGAUGGAUGUCACCUGAAGUAUUAGUCAAUGGUGGAAAUGGUUAUUCGAUAAAAUCCGAUGUGUACAGUUUUGGUAUAACUUUAUAUGAAAUUUUGACGACGUGUCGAUUACUUCCAUUUGCACAUAUAUCUGAUCAAGAAAUUCUUUCCUCACCACCAUUAUCGUCCGAUUUAGAUGUGACAUUUAUUGAUAGAAUGCAAUGUAAUCAAUUGCUGGAUUUAAUGUUUGCUUGUUUGAAACUAAAUCAUCAUGAAAGACCAACAUUUCAAGAUAUUCACGGAUUUCUAUGUCAAUUGCAGUCAAAUUGA